CCAACUAACUCCGAUAGCAAAAUGAGCAACAAUAAUAGCUCCAACGCCGGCGAUUCCAGUGACCAACCCAUUCCCGCCCACGAUGUCGGCAGUGGAACAGGAUGGGGCAACAGGCUCUGGCAAGGUGGCAAAAAUGAGGGCCCGGGUCAUGCAGAUGCUACCAAUCCCAGAUCAACAAUGGGCGAUUUCCUGUCUUUGAAUGAACAGAAGACACAGGGACAAAAUAAAUACAUCCAGCGUGAGAACUUGGUUGAUUCUGAUGUUAAACCUAUGAAUGCCGAGGGAGAGCCGACUUGUGCCAUUGAAGAUCAUAGUUUCAUGCGCCAUAAGGCCGGUGAUCCAGAUACUUAUCCUGGAUGGAGUACAUUGAGGAACUUCUUUGGCAGAGGAUAA